UAAUCAAUAAGCCCAUCUAUGGCAGGAAUAUAAAAGGGCGCCUCUGACAGAGAGUCGUCACAGGCAAGUGGAAAACCACAGAGAGAGUAUCCACACAGCUGAAACCUAGCCUAUUCUUUGGCUUUGAUCUAACCGUACAAGCAGAAUGGAAUACUACAAGUUCGCUCUGCUCGUUGUGCUCUUGUCCUACAUCGAGCGCUGCUGGUCUGCCUCCUGUGUGGUGGACACUUUCACGGUCAAGCAGGACUUCGACCCCAAGAGAUAUGCUGGCAAGUGGUAUGCCCAGCAGAAGAAAGACCCUGAGGGCCUGUUCCUGCAGGACAACAUCUCCGCUGAGUACACCAUUGAUGAUGACGGCACCAUGACUGCUUCCUCCAAGGGCCGUGUCACCCUCUUCGGAUUUUGGGUUGUGUGCGCUGACAUGGCUGCCCAGUACACCGUGCCUGACCCCACUGCUCCCGGCAAGAUGUUCAUGAACUACCAGGGCCUGGCCAGCUACCUGUCCAGCGGAGGUGACAACUACUGGAUCAUUGACACCGACUAUGACAACUAUGCCAUCACCUAUGCCUGCCGCGCCCUGAAGGACGAUGGCACCUGUGAGGAUGGCUAUGCCCUGGUCUUCUCCCGCAACCCUCGUGGUCUGCCCCCAGCCAUCCAGCGUGUGGUCCGCGCAAAGCAGGAGGAGAUCUGCAUGGCUGGCCAGUUCCAGCCUGUUCUCCAGUCCGGAGCUUGCUAAGCAGUGGGCUCUUCUUCAGAGGGAUUCCUUCAGCAUGCUGGCAUGGGAGGGGGCAUCCGGGUCAAUAGUGGUGCUUUAGAGAGUUGUUAUAGCGAGCUGCACGUUGGGAAGAAGCCAUUUGUGAUUCACUGUGUCAAGGGAAACUUGUUGUGUUGUACCAAGUGUGACAAAUAAAAUAUUUUUAAACAAA